AUUGCCUCCCCACCGUCUCACCGCCUCGCCAUGUUCGUCCGCGCCCGCCUCCCCGCCGUGCGCGCGCUCACGCGCGCCUACUCCGCCCCCUCGGCGCAGCACGCGCUUCUCCGCCCCGCGUCCGAGCUCGUGUCCGGCGAUGACCUGGACGGCAUCCAAGUGCUCGUCCUGAACCGGCCGGACGCGCGCAACGCCCUUUCGCGCCAGAUGGUCGACGAGCUCCGCGACUACAUCUCGCGCCUGUCGGCGGGUAAUGCGCGCGUCGCCAUCCUCCAUUCGCUCGGGCCAGUGUUCUGCGCCGGCGCCGAUCUCCGCGAGCGCAAGGGCAUGAGCCAGCCCGAGGUCGCCCGCUUCCUCGACGACCUCAACGCCAUGGUGUGCGAGCUCGAGGCCCUCCCCAUCCCCACUGUCGCGGCUGUGCCGGGGCCCGCGCUUGGCGGCGGCACCGAGCUCGCACUCGGGUGCGACCUCCGCACCGGGCAGAAGGAGACGAGCUUCGCCCUCCCAGAGACCAAGCUCGGCAUCAUCCCGGGCGCUGGAGGGACGCAGCGCAUGACCCACCUUCUCGGCAAGAGCAAGGCUAUGGAGCUCAUCUUCACCGGCCGCCGCGUGAGCGCGGACGAGGCCGUUCGUCUUGGCCUCAUCGACGUCAUGGCCAAGGACGGCCAGUCGGCCCUCGAGGCCGCCAUUGACCUUUCCAAGCUCAUGCUCACCUCUGCUCCCCUGUCCCUCCGCGCCGCCAAGCAGGCCAUCAAGAGCGCACCCGGAACGCCCAUUGAGCAGGGCAUCAAGAACGAGCGUGCGGCUUACAACACUCUCCUCGAGACCGAGGACCGUCUCGAGGGCCUCCGCGCCUUCGCCGAGAAGCGCAAGCCCGUCUUCCAGGGCAAGUAAAAUACAACGGUUGUAUGCAUAUCGAUGUGUAUCUGC